CUCGAGUUCAGUUACUAAAGAAACGGAAAACCAUGGGAAAUAUUGCGAUAUAACGCAGGAGCUUCAUAUGUUGCAUGUGAUGUAAGUGUUCAUGAUAUCAGCAGGACAGAAAAUGCAGCUGGAAAAAGUAAUUGAAGACGUUUUCAAAAGGAAUGAGUUUCUGAGUUUAGAACAGUUUUUGGGAGAUCAGUGCAAUGAGAACACAAAGCACAAAUGCACCAAAGACUUUAUUAACAAAGUGAAUACAGUGAUAUGCAGGGAAUUUGAGCAAUGCAAUACCAAGAAUGUAUUACUUAUGUUGACCUGUGUGCUUAAGUGUGGGAGAAGCCUGUACAUUCAGGGAUGCGAUGGCAUUGCAGUAAUGCUUAAGCAAGGUUUUGUUGAAAAGAUAACCACCUCAACUCUUUUCCAGAGCAAAGAAUUGCUGAUAUUUGAAGUUAAGGAGGUCAUUGGCACCUUGUACACCAGAUUGCAUGCCAUGACAAAGGAGCUAGGAGAAAAGUUUUAUAACCUGUUUGAGAAGGAGUCUACUACAUUUGAUGGAUACUUAAAGCUGUCUGGUGGUUUCAGAGAUUUUUGUGAAGACAGAGAUGUUCAUGAUCUCCUGGAAAGCAUGGUUCAGUAUAUACUUACCCGAUUCUCUGAAUCUGGGCACACACUGUCUGAACUGAGCACUUAUGGAAACUAUGAAAUCAAGAACUUGUGUCAGCAGUAUAGUGAUUUGUUGACUGAUGAGGAAGUUAAACAUGCACCACCUGAAUGGCAAGCACUUAAAGUGCAGAUAUCAAUGCAACAGCAGUACCAUCCACUUGCUGUCUAUACCUCAGUUCUGCAGAGGAAGGAAGAGUCUCUAAAGAAUCUUCUCAUGCCAGUAGAUGAAAAAUUACAUGAUUUCUGGAUAGAUUUCAAUAUUGGCAGCCAAAGUAUAUCAUUUUACAUAUCUUCACAAGAUAAUGAACAGCUGAUUCAGUUGAAGUUGAUUCUCAGCUAUUGGAGAGAAAAGGAAGACAUUUUACUGGACCAGUCUUUGGAGAGCCAUUUAUCCAAACAGAAAUCAUGUUCUGUGGAUUCUGUUGAUCAAUUUCCUCCCAAACAGAAGAGAUACAAACAGUCUGCAUUUUCAUCUGUCAUAUGUGCACAUGUUACAGAAGAAUUUCAGGAUAUGCAGAAGAAAAGAAAUUGCAGAAUAAAUGCUGUUAAAGAAGUCUCCUUAGUAGAGUCCAAGGCGAGUAAGCCAAUAGCCGAAACAUUUUGUAACCCAAAAUGCACAAUGCUGAAUGGAGGGAAGACUGAAAUUAAUACAUGUGUAAGUUCAACAUGUGUGCCAACAGUUCGAUCCCCACAUUACCCAGAGACUAAUCCACAGGGAAUGUAUAAAGAUUCUUCUUCUUCUUCUCACAGACAAGAUAAAGGAAUAAAAGAACCUUGGAACAAUUGCUUUGGCAUCACUGAAACAAUGAUCGGUUCCAUUUCAAGCAAAUAUACCAGUAAAAGAAAUCAUCCUCCGAAUACAUCUGUUCUAAACAGUUCAGAUAAAGAAGAUCUGUGGUCUUUUUCUUUUACUGAAAGAACCACCAAGUAUAAAAAUACUAAGACGACUACAUUUCAGCCCAAGAGUGAUGUUUAUAGAUUUGUGGAUGAGUCAAUUGAGAAAAGUAAGACUGUGGGACACAGUAUUAAAAAACAUCUUUUCAGUGACUCAGACAAUGACCAAAUAGAAGAGGACAGCAAGACGGACCUAAGCUGGUUGCAGGAAUGUAAUAGAAAGAAGAGAUCUGCCAUGUAUGACUAUAGCAAGCAGUCUAAUGCGAAAGGAGCCAAAAGUUGUAACCGCUUACAAAUAUAUUCAUAUAAUUUUCAGAAGAAAACAAUGGAAGAAAAUACGCCAUCAAAGACACAAAGGCCCCGCAGAGCUGCUGCCAGAAAUCAGAGAUACAAAGAAAUAUCCAGUUCCAGCAGCAGUGUGGAAUUUUCAUCCUCAUCAGUCAAGAAAACAAAUAUGUUUGAGAGUACAAUAAAUCAGGAGAAGAGGAAAAAUGAUGUGCAGGUACCACAGACAAAUACAGAAUACAGAUUUCAGCAACAGGAAAAGCGUGACAUAGCAAUGCCUCACAUCACAUCCAUUUCCUCAGUACCCUCAUCCAUAGAGAAAAUGAGAAGUGAAGAAUCACCCUUUGAAAAAUCUGCCCCAGUUGAUAUUGAAUCUGAAUCUGCUCUUCAAUAUGGCUUGGACAUUCAGAGUAAAGACUGCCUGAAUACUCGUAAAGGAAUUCUCCCGACAAAGUUCUGCAAAUCAGAUACAAUUGCAUCAAAAAAAGCGGAAAUCAUACCAUUUGAAGAUUUGACAAAAUCUUCAAAAAUCUCUCUUCAGGAGUCAGAUAAUGUGUCUGUUGUUUUGAGCUCACCUCAACUUGCAUCACCAAACACAUAUCCGGAGACACCAGCUGAGAAGAGUAAGGAUGAACCUAGAAAUAACCCAGGAAUUGAGGAUCAAGAAAAUGAAGAUCUGAAUUCUGUCUUGUCUUAUCAAUCACAACGCAGUUCCUUAGAGCAAGUGAAAACCCCAGUUUCUGCCAUUUUGAAUGAAUCGAGGAAUGACAGUUAUUUGAAACAAAUUAAUAACAUUUGUAUUUCAGGUCCUUCAUACACUGCUCCUUUAAUGAAGAAGCGACUUCAAGCUGAUAACUGGAGUUUUGAGGACGAUGAUGAACAUAAUCUUACUGGAACAAAGCUGAAACCAAGAAAACUGUUUAAAUUGAAUACUUGUAAAGCAGCAGACUCCGAAGUACACUCCAUGCUUUCUUCUGCUGAGAUGAAUCUGAGCUGCUGGGAGGCAAGCACAGAUCGUGAAGUGGGGAUGAUGUGUCAUACAUUUAGCAGUGAAUUAAAAAGAAAAUUCCAGAAUAGAGCUAGAACAGUAGAGUAUUACAACAAACAGUCUCUGAAGUCAGUCCAGCAACAUCUAUCUGCCAUUAAUACUCAAAUCCAUGAGUGCAGGUUUGCAAAAUUGGAAAACUUUAUUGGAAUUAUUAAAGAGCAACUGGAGAAUCUUGAGAAGGAUGCCUUGAUCCUUAAAAAUAUGGAGAAAGAUCUAAUAGACUUUAGGAAAAAACAGACUCAAGACUUUGCAUCUUACAGAGAAAAAGAGCAACAAAGAAUUCACAAACUUAAAACUUCAUAUGAAGAAAGCUUUGCUCAAAGCCUUGAAGUGGAAGAAAAAAUCUUUGGGUCUGAAAUUGACUUUAUGAAAAAGGACAUGAAUGCUAUUCUGGAAAGACUCCUUAAAGAAAUGCAUGAGGAGGAGCUUCUCAGUGUUCGCAGAGGCCUACAGUCACUGUUCUUCCUUGAAGACCAGAAUUUCUGAGAUGAAUAUUAAAACAUGUACAAGUCUUAGUCUACAUAUAAAGUCAAGUGCUUCUCAUUUUUAUCACACCAGCUUGUGUUUAUUUUGCUUUAAGUUGUUCAUAGUCUUAUUGAAACUUUUAAACAUUUUUAUUGUAUUUUGAGAUUGUGUCCUUUUUUUUUUUUGUAAGUAGAAGCUUGCUUUUCCAAAAUACACAGAUUUAAAAAUAAGACAUGUUGGCAGGUAGAUUCUGGAACUAUUUUAUGUAAUAUACUAAAAACAGAAUUUUACAUUUCAUGCAUUAUAUAUUGCUUUCAUGUUCUGAAUUGUUAUUAUUGUACUGUUGGAUUUUACACAGAUCUUUUUUUUUCCCCCACAAUGUUCCUGACUUGUAAUCUUGAAGGUUUUUGUAAUAAAAGCAUCCUUUAUUUUUGUUUCAUUUUGCAUAGGAUGAGACAUUUAUUGCAGGUGCCUCUGUAAAUAUAAGAAUCUACUUGGGAGUUGUAUUAUAUUUGUUGAUCCGAUUAAAUAGAAUGAUCAGAUGAGAUAUUUGUAAUGCCAACUGUAUGUUCUUAGCAGCAACACAAAACUCCUUAAUGUCAUCUUUCUUUCAAGUUUCACUUUUUCAUGACGU